AUGGGAGACUACGAUAUUGGCAAGCGCCUGUGCGUCAGAUACACCCCAGCACAAAUCUCGUCAUCGGGCGACAAAGCCGGGGAAAGCAGCGAGAUCGAUCUUAAACUCGAAAUCCUGCACGCCUAUAGCCCUUUUACCCUUUCGGUCGUCCUCCAAGUCCGCAUCCACAGUCCAACGUGCUCCCCCCUUCCUCCAUCCCUACCUUCCAUCUGCGUCGUCAAGAUCUACGACCGGCGGUACGAUACCAAUACUCGACACCGGUUCGACAAGGACCGGCCGUAUUCGGCGGCGAAAGAGGCCGCGUAUCAGCGGUAUCUGCUGGAGCCGCGGGAUGCAUCAGAGGAGGAGAAGAGUAUAGGACAACUGGGAAGGGAAGGAGAUGACGGCGGGAUAGAGGCGUGUCUCGAGGAGGCUUCUCAGCGGUUCUUUGUGGACGAGAGGCGGGCGUAUGAGGAUAUGCGCGAGGUCCAGGGCACGCACAUCCCGAAGCUCUACGGGUCGAUACGGUAUACGUCGUCCAACACAUUCGGCGGACUGGGUGGCGCAGACAGCUUCCCACCCUUUGUCGCCAACGGUCUCAUACUUGAAUACUUCCCUGCCAUCACUCUCAAAGAGUUCCUCGAUGCAGCCCUUCUCACCAAUCCUCCGUUGUACGCGGUCAUCUCAGCGGUCUGCGAUCAAGCAGUCGCGGUCAUGGAUCGGCUCGAUGGGUUCAGCGUACUCAAUCGGGAUGCGAGACUGGAGAACGUGCUAGUGGUCUCUUGUCCGGCGGCGAACAGCGAUACCCCUCAUACCUCUUCGUCCUCUCCUACCUUCCCCUCCCCAACUUAUCGACUCGUCGCGAUCGACUUCGCCUGCACCCGGCUGCGACACGCCGACGAGACGGACGAGCAAUGGCGCCGGGCGAAGCAAUCCAUGGAUGAGAGGGGUGCAGUAGGCCUCGUUGCUCAAGCUCAUCUGGGCAGGCAGGCGGGGGCGAUAGGCGAGACGGUCGAUACAGCGCGGCUUUGGCGGUACAGUAAGAGUGCAAGAUGGAAACGCACCCUUACACCGAAGGAGCGCGCGGCCUACGAGGAGGACCCUGAGUGGGGACUAUACGGGUAUUAG